AUGCAAAACUGCGAUCCGGUUGACGGUAGGCCUACGCUGUCGCUGCCAGCUCAUGCCAUUCAAGACGGUACCAUCUACUACAUUCCCAACUGGAUUUCAGUCGAAGAAGAGCCCAGCGUCCUCGAUCAAGUGCAUGCAGCGGCGCCGUCCGCGUGGGUACAGCUCAAGUACCGGCGUUUGCAGGUCUGGGGUGGCAGCGUCACAACGACAUACGAGCCGGAGCCACUGCCUCGCUGGCUGCAGGCGCUGUCGAGUGGCCUCGCCCCUGAUGACGGCGUCUUGCCGCACGAAGACGGCCCGAUGUACUACCCGCUCGUAGCCAUUCUGAGUGCAGGCGCUUCUGGGCGCAUGACAUUCCAGCACCAUCGUGAGACGACGCCAAGCGAUGUCCCGGUUCAUUUGACGCUCGACCGACGCAGCCUCUUGGUCUUCACGGGCGAGGCCUACACCAAGUACCUCCACAGCAUCGACAACGUCGAUGACGAGCACGGCGUCAACCAUCGCAUCUCGCUCACGACUCGCCACGUCCAUCCACCGUCUACGGCGUGCUGA